AAAGUAUUUUGGGCCACAUUCCAAUUUCAUUUCCUUUAUCCAAAUCCUGGACUUGCACCUCCAAAAUGAAAAGCCAAGCUGCGCCACUGGCACAGAAGCGAAAAAUUGAGCCUGUUCUAUGUUAUGAAGAGUCUGAUUCAAACUGACCUUUGAAGUUGUCACAAUACCUGACGUAAUAUGGUUGCCAAGAAACUAUUUUGCUAGGCAGGCUGCUAGUCUCAUUAUUUAAGAAUGGACAAGAGUGGAACGUCUUAGUUCAGCGUUUACUAGACUUUCAUAUCUCUGCUGUUUCAAAUGCAUAAUUUAACUUGAGCUAUGGAACAGCUGACUCUCAGUCUUAUGGCGUAAAAAUGUUGAUGUAGAAUUUUAGGAUUUUACAGUAAACAUGUUUUUCAAAAUCAAACAAGUUUACUGCGUGUUAACCAGAUCCAAUCAUAAAUCCCACAGGCACCGCAAAGCUUCAUUAAACAGGUUCUGUACACCAUCGCAAGCUGAUGACAAGGAUUUGUUGAGGGGCAGAGAUCACUUAAAUCUGAGCAGCUUAUGUUCAAAACAACCUUCAAAAUUAGUUUUAUUUGUUGUUGUUUUUUUAUUAACAAAGGCAACAUGAAAAAAAACAUGCCUUUUGAAGGUGCCUGGUGCUAAUAAACAUAAACCUCAAGCCAAGGGGGUAUGAUUUUACCAGUCUGGUCUCGUAUCUGUCAGUGUAUUUUGAUCAUUAUGAGAUCAUUUCUUUAAAGUGAGAUAAAUGACACUAAACUGAGUAAGAACAGAGGAAAACGUUCAGCAUGUCAAUUAAGAAAUAGCUGACCUCUGUCAUACUGAAGAUGAAUCAUUUCACAAAUUAAAGCACUUUAUGUGCAAAUAUGCAUCUUAAAUAUGCAAGUACUUCAAUUUCGGUAUGCUAUGUAUAUAAAACAUGAGACAACCUUUAUGAAACAGCACGAAUUUAUGACAAAUUAUAAUUAUAUAAUUUGCCUAAUUAUAUCCUAAAUGCUACCCUCAUUACACUCCCCUCUUUGCGGUUUUAAGUAAUUGUGUUCACUUGAUUAGCACAAGCUAUUAAGAAGAAUAAAAUGGACCUUUGUUAUUUUAAACUCAAUUAGAAACAUCUCACAUAGCUACUCCUAUAAUUUGGCCAACUGAAUUCAAAACCUAUAAUAGCCAUUAAGAAAAUUCUGUCCUUGACAAUUAACCCCGUCUCCUCUAUCUGCUCAAGUAAUGCUUCAAAACUCAAAACGGUGCAAGUCUUUUAGAUGUUAAUUGUAGAAUUUAUCCACUUCUUCACUCUAUUCAACUAUUCGGAGCACCGCAUUACAGGGAGCACCGCUGUCCGUGCUGCGUAAAAGCGCAAGCCAUCCAAUCCAUUAACACUUGGCUCUAUAAAAACACAGCGAGCUGUCAGUGCGCGUGAAGCUACGCACGGGAAACAGAUUUGUGCGAUGAAUAUUGCUAAAAUGCCGCUAAUAGCCUCCAUUAGUGCGAUGUAUUUAAAUGGAUUAAAAAGAUAGCACCGCUCCAAUGAGCGCGCAAAGAUGAUUUUGUUCGCGGAAACCUAAAAUGGCAUUGACGGACAAGUGGAGACGAGAGAAGUUGGAAUGAUAAGAUUCAGGACUGAGUAACACGACCAGCAUGGGGAAAAUACUUUAAAAAACGAGCGAUGCAGAAGACUUCCGAGAUGCAAGACGAGCGCACCGACUACGCGUCUGGAAGUCUCCCGUUAAGUGAAUACAACGCGAGCUUCGCGGCGAACAGGACUAACAUCUCGUGGGGCGACUUUCAAGACCUCGCCGAUCUGGAUAAGCCUGAUUUCAUGGGAGACGGAUCCGCGGUCCUUAGAAUAAUCAUCUCCAUCAUUUACUCGGUCGUGUGCGCGCUGGGUUUAAUCGGCAACAUCCUCGUCCUGUAUCUCAUGAAGUCCAAACAAGCAUGGAAGAAGUCUUCCAUCAACUUCUUCGUGACCAGUUUGGCGGUCACGGACUUUCAGUUUGUUUUGACGCUUCCGUUUUGGGCUGUGGAGAACGCUAUGGAUUUCACCUGGCUGUUUGGGAAGGCGAUGUGUAAGAUAGUUUCUUAUGUCACGGCCACGAACAUGUACGCCAGCGUGUUUUUCCUUACGGCUAUGAGCGUGGCGAGAUACUGCUCCGUGGCUUCGGCGUUAAAAAGCAGGAGGCGCCGGGUGCGUUUCCCCGCGCAGUGGAUGACUAUAGUCAUUUGGAUCGCAGCGGUUGGCGCCGCUCUGCCCAACGCGAUAUUUUCAACGACCGCCACGGUAUCCAACGAGGAACUGUGCCUGGUGAAAUUUCCAGACCGGAGUGGGGACGCGCAAUUUUGGCUGGGUUUAUACCACGCGCAAAAAGUACUUCUGGGAUUCCUCAUUCCGUUCGGAAUAAUCACCGUCUGUUACCUGCUUCUCCUGCGCUUCAUAACUAACAAAAACGUGAACACCACCAGCGCCAAGAGGCGAUCUAAAGUGACUAAAUCGGUGACUAUCGUCGUUUUGUCUUUUUUCCUGUGCUGGCUGCCGAACCAGGCGUUGACAGCGUGGGGAAUCCUAAUAAAACUCAACGUAGUGCACUUCAGUUACGAGUAUUACACCACGCAGGUGUAUAUUUUUCCUGUCACGGUAUGUUUGGCGCAUUCAAACAGUUGUCUCAAUCCCAUUCUUUAUUGUUUGAUGAGAAGGGAAUUCAGAAAAGCGUUGAAAAAGCUGUUUUGGCAAAUCACUUCGCCUUCUGUGACGAACAUGAGACCGUUUACCGCCUCCACGAAGCCCGAACAAGACGAGCACGGUCCCGCGUUGAUUCCACUCGGUCCCGCUGAGCCCGCGCUUAUUUUUUAUCCUCCCGGGGCUGUCAUGUACAACGGCAGAAACGACCUUCUGCCUAACAGCACAUAACGACUUCUCGCUGGCGGUGUUUCUCAAGACAAAGUGGCUAAUAACUAAUUAUUGGUUUGUAGUAGCCUGUACGGUUUUUUUGCUCCGCUAACAGAAAUACUUCUGAGAAACAAAUGCGUGGAGUACAAAAAUGUUUUGAUUAAACCGGAGAACCCUGCACAGACAGCAAGGUCCAAAGACAAGGUCAGGGCUAAGAUAAAACAGUCCAUGUGACAUCAGUGGCUCAACUUUAAAGCUACGAGAAUACUUUUUUUUAAGUAAAAAAGGACUUUAUCAAAUCUCCGCAGUUUUGGAGCACACCACGACUCACGCGUGCUUUCCAGUGUAAACAAAACUGAUCGCUUUGAUUAUGUUGGGGAAAGCGCGCAUGCGUCGUGGUACUCCCCAAAAUGGCGGAAGGCGGUUAAUGAGUAAAUUUAGAAGAAUUGUUAAAUGAUUUUUGUUGUCUUUGCACAUAAAAAGCAUUCUUGUUUUGCAUAAUUGAAAUCGAGCCACAGGUGUCACGGGAAUGUGUUUACUACAUUUUUGGGUGUGGGAAUAUUUGGGUUGCCUUGCUGUCUGUGGGGUCAGAGAGCUCUCAGAUUUGACCAAAAAAUAUCUUAAUUUGAUGAACGUAGGUCUUAUGGGUUUGUUACUGCAUAAGGGUGACUAAUUAAUAACAGAAAUGUCACUUUUCACCUUUUCACUAGUAAGAAAGUCUUUACAAGCGGGAGGAAAGAGCUCCAGGCGAAAUGACACAAACGUUGCUCCCUUUUUAACUUCAACUCUGUACUACUAAUAAUCUAAUCUGGGACUGAAAGAAAAGCUUUGUACAAACGAGUAUCCAGUAUUAAAUUUGACAGACUAUAUUUACAGAGCAUAAUGUGGAUUAAAGACUGAGUCACUUUGUAAUGUAGCAGUUGUAAUCAUAUAAUUUAGUAAUGUAGCCUAUCAGUUGGUUUAUAAAUAAAUUGUAUUUUAUUUAUUUAAUUUCAUUAUUAUUGUUUUUUUAAUAAAUGAAAGCAUUAACAACACCAGAUAUUAAUCUAUUAAUUCACAGUAAGGCACGAGUAUGUAUUUUUGAUCAACUAUUGCCCAAACAAGCCAUUACAAUGCUAAUAAACAUCAUCUUACAGCUACUUACAUCAGCCAGUGAUAGGUAGCAGGUUUUUUUUUUUUUUUUACGUACUAUGAAAAAAAUCAGCCAAUAUACUAGCCUGACAAGAUCUGAUGGCUAAGACCAGCAAAACCCUUUUCUUAAGUGAUCAUUAGAAAGGUGUGUUAUUAUUAUAGGCAUAUAUGUGAACUGUGACUUUGUACACUUGGUCAGUUAUUUAUGUUUGACUUAAUGGAUUUGUCAGACUUCAUCAUUUGUCCUUCUAAUUAAACCUA